GCCCGCGCGCCUCUGGGUGCGCGCAUGCAGGACCCGUCCCUACAGCAGCAGCCUGCCGCGGAGCCGUGGAGCCGGGAGCGUGGAGCCGCCAGGAGCGCACCGAGAGAGAGCCACAGAAGAUGGACGGAGCGGGAUCGUUCGGAGCGGGCCGGACCGGGUCCAGCAUCGACCCGAUCACCUUCGCCAAGCAGCCGCAGACCAUCCUCAGGGUGCUGUCAUGGAUAUUUUCCCUGGUGGUCUUCGCCUCCAUCGUGAACGAGGGCUAUGUCAACAUGGGCAGCGAGCGUCUCCACUGCGUCUUCAACAAGAACGCCGACGCCUGUAACUACGGCGUGUUCGUGGGCCUCGUGGGCCUGCUGGCGUGCUCCUUCUUCUUCCUCCUCGACUACAAGUUCUCCUCCAUCAGCUCUGUCAAAGACAGGAAGAAGGCCAUCAUGCUUGAGAUUGGCUUCUCAGGUUUCUGGACCUUCCUGUACUUUGUAAGUUUCUGUUUCCUGGCCAAUCAGUGGUCUCGGACCACGGCUGAUGAGCUGCCACUCAACGCGGGGGCGGACGCAGCUCGGGCAGCAAUCACCUUCUCUUUCUUCUCCAUAAUCACCUGGGCGGGUCUAACGGUGCGUGCGGUCCAGAAGUAUCUGCUGGGCACAGACAUGACCCUGUUCACCACGGAGCACAUGGAUGGCGGCGCCCCCACCCAGCCGUACCCCUCCAAUUCACCAGUAGGCGUAACCACUGAGACCAUAGAGACCUACCAGAGCCCACCUUUCACUGAGAACAACGCAGCACCCACAUACCAGGUUCCCAUUUACUAGAGCUGACAGACCCGAUGGUGGAAGAGGAAGCUUUGGGGGGGAAGGGUUGAAAAGUUAAAAAGAAAAAUCACUUUCUGUGAUGUUACACGUGCAGUUGUUUAUGUGUUGAUCUGAUUUUUCUGCAACUGUUAAAAAAAUGGCCUCCG